AUGGCGACAGCAAGCGCAGCAGGUGAAACACCUGAACACCACACAGACAUGCCAGACUAUGAAGCCAAACUCACCGCUAUCUUCGAAGCCUUCUGGGCACGGCUGGAGCACCGGGCACGGCUGAAUAAACCGAGCACACGCUGGAGCAACAAGAAACCUAA